AUGUCAAGUUACAUUCUUCUUGCACUGCAACUGGCAGUUGUAUCACUUCUAGUCACCUUCUGGCGCGCCUUUACCCCAAAUUCUUGGUCGAAUAGAGUGAUUUCCUACGUUCUCAAUGUCCGCAGUACUCUGUCAUACAUCAAAAGCACACUGCUAACGUUCAUUCUCGUGUCAAUGGAGAGGCUUUUGAUCUGGUGGUACUCAAUCUAUUCCACAGAUGGUGCAACGUCCAUCCCAACUUGCCCCUACCGAUUUUCAGAUGGCGGGGAGAGUCUCAAGUUUCUGGAGGGAGAGAAGAUCUCUCGUCAGUGA